AUGUCACCCAAGCCGGGAGAGCCUUUGAUUUUAUAUCUCACAGUCACAGAAACUGCCAUGGGAGCGUUAUUGGCUCAAUACCAAGAAGGCACCAAAAGAGAAAUUGCCAUCUACUACCUCAGCAAAAAGUUUUUGGAUUAUGAAACCAGAUACAAUCCUUUAGAAAAAGCUUGCAUCGCCCUCAUAUACGCCACUAAGAAGCUACGACAUUAUCUACAGGCUCAUACAACUUUCCUUAUCUCGAGACUAGAUCCUAUCAAGUACAUCUUUGAGAAACCAAUUCUCACUGAGAGAUUCGCGAGAUGGCAUGCAAUUCUUUCAGAAUUUGAUAUUCAAUGUGUAAACCAGAAAUCUGUUAAAGGAAGGGCGAUAUCUGAAGCAUUGGCUGAUGGACCAAUAUCAGGAGAUGAAUUUGAUGACGAGUUUCCAGAUGAACAUAGAAAAAAUAAAUCAACGUGUGGUAUUGAUUUGGCUUUUGUGGUUUCUAAUAGGUUGAUAUGGUGGAAAAUGUACUUUGACGGAGCAUCUAAUAGAAGGGGCAAUGGCGCGGGUGUUUUUCUCAUUGAUCCUUAUGGAAUUCAUAUCCCUUUUGCUGUGAAAUUGAGUUUUCCAACGACUAAUAACACGGCAGAGUACGAAGCUUGCAUUUAUGGCGUUAAGGCAGCCUUAGCGGCAGGGGCGAAAUACCUCACAGUAUAUGGAGAUUCUAACCUCAUUAUCUCUCAAACAAUUGGAGUAUGGAGAGUCCGAGAUGAGAGAUUACAAAUGUAUACCGAGUAUCUCCAACAGUUCAUUCCGUACUUUGAAGAUAUUGACUUCAAGCAUCUUCCCCGGGAGCAAAACAGUUUCACGGAUGCAUUAGCAAACUUAGCGGUAAAUUUAACAUGGGAAAACAACGUAAAAAUUCGAGCUGUGACUAUUGAGGAAAGUGAUUCACCGGUAGUCAACCUUGAACAUAUGAUUGCUUCAUUGACUUUGCAAGACGAUAAAGAUGCUUGGUAUGCUGAUAUUAAAAAAAUUCUAAUCACCGGUCGAUAUCCUGAAGAGAGUCAUAAAAAAGACCAAUUGGCUAUCCGGCGAUUGACAGCUCACUUUGUAAUACUAAAAGAUAGAUUGUACCGCAAGGGUUUUGAUGGAACUCUACAAUUGUGUGUUGACAAAAAAAAAACAAAAGAUCAUGGGAGAAAUCCAUGGUGGUGA